UCACGUGAGCGGCCCAGCUGGGCGGGUCGCGCGGCGCUCCCCCGCCCCGCGGGCCGCCGCUUGCUGAGCUCGCUGGCUCGGCAGUUCCUUGAGGUGUGUGGGGCGUCGAGCCCCCGGCCCUGCCGGUGAAACGCGGCGCCGCGGGAUGCGGCGGCGGCCGUGGCGGGGCCGCGGGCCAGACGGGUGGGCGCGGUGAUGAGCGACGGCGGCUGUCGCCAUGUCCAAGGUAACGGCGCCCGAGCCCGGGCCGCCGGUGGAGGCGGCGGCGGGCGGGAAGGAGAAGCGCUCCUUCAGCAAGCGGCUUUUCCGGAGCGGCCGCGCGGGCGGCGGCGGCGCGGGGGCUCCCGGGGGCCCCGGGCCCGCCGCGCCCUCCUCGCCCUCUUCGGCGCGCUCGGUGGGCAGCUUCAUGAGCCGCGUCCUCAAGACGCUGUCCACGCUCUCGCACCUUAGUUCGGAGGGCGCCGCCCCGGACCGCGGCGGCCUCCGCAGCUGCUUCCCGCCGGGGCCGCCCGCCGCGCCCACGCCGCCGCCGUGCCCGCCGCCGCCUGCCUCGCCCGCGCCGCCCGCCUGCGCUGCCGAGCCGGUGCCGGGGGUGGCGGGGCUCCGGAACCACGGGAACACGUGCUUCAUGAACGCCACGCUGCAGUGUCUCAGCAACACCGAACUCUUCGCCGAGUACCUGGCGCUCGGCCAGUACCGGGCGGGGCGGCCCGAGCCCUCGCCUGACCCCGAGCAGCCUGUGGGCCGCGGCGCGCAGGGCCAGGGCGAGGUCACCGAGCAGCUGGCGCACCUGGUGCGGGCCCUCUGGACCCUGGAGUACACCCCGCAGCACAGCCGCGACUUCAAGAGUAUUGUGUCAAAGAAUGCACUACAAUAUCGAGGAAGUUCCCAGCACGAUGCCCAGGAGUUUCUACUGUGGCUUUUGGACCGAGUUCACGAAGACCUCAAUCAUGCUGUGAAACAGAGCGGCCAGCCUCCUCUGAAGCCACCCUCGGACACUGAUAUGCCCGAGGGACCAUCUUUUCCUGUCUGUAGCACUUUUGUACAAGAACUUUUUCAAGCCCAGUACAGGUCUUCUUUGACAUGUCCUCAUUGUCAGAAGCAGAGCAACACUUUUGACCCUUUCCUCUGUAUUUCUUUGCCAAUUCCUCUACCCCACACAAGGCCUCUCUAUGUUACCGUCGUGUAUCAAGGGAAAUGUUCUCACUGCAUGAGGAUUGGUGUGGCUGUGCCUCUGUCUGGGACUGUCGCCAGACUUCGGGAAGCAGUGUCUAUGGAAACAAAGAUCCCCACUGAUCAGAUUGUAUUAACAGAAAUGUACUAUGAUGGUUUCCACCGUUCCUUUUGUGACACAGACGACCUGGAAACAGUCCAUGAAAGUGACUGCAUUUUUGCCUUUGAGACUCCAGAGAUUUUUAGGCCUGAAGGAAUUCUCAGUCAAAGAGGAAUCCACUUAAACAACAAUCUAAACCACUUGAAAUUUGGCUUGGAUCCUCACAGACUGUCACCUACACAAACAAUAGCAAAGCAAGGGAAGAUGGACUUGCCCCCGACAAGAACAGGAGGCGACAAGAUUGUUUUGUUAGUAUGCAACCGAGCCUGCAUGGGGCAGCAAGGGAAAAGAUUUGGACUGCCCUUUGUGCUACACUUAGAGAAGACAGUAGCAUGGGACCUUCUGCAAAAGGAAAUCUUGGAGAAGAUGAAGUAUUUCUUGAGGCCCACGGUUUGCAUUCAGGUGUGUCCGUUCAGUUUGCGUGUGGUCAGUGUUGUUGGAAUAACAUACUUGCUGCCCCAGGAGGAGCAGCCCCUGUGCCACCCAACAGUAGAAAGGGCAUUAAAAUCUUGUGGGCCAGGUGGAACUGCUCAUGUGAAAUUAGUGGUAGAAUGGGACAAAGAGACAAGAGAAUUCUUGUUUGUAAAUACUGAAGAUGAGUAUAUCCCUGAUGCAGAAAGUGUCCGUCUGCAAAGGGAGCGUCAUCAUCAGCCUCAAACUUGCACUUUAUCCCAGUGUUUCCAACUGUACACCAAAGAGGAACGGCUUGCCCCAGAUGAUGCCUGGCGUUGCCCACACUGUAAGCAGCUGCAGCAGGGGAGCAUUACCUUAAGCCUCUGGACUCUGCCUGAUGUGCUUAUUAUACAUCUGAAGAGAUUUCGGCAGGAUGGAGACAGGCGUAUGAAACUUCAGAAUAUGGUCAAGUUCCCCUUGACUGGCCUGGACAUGACACCUCAUGUGGUUAAGAGAAGCCAGAGCAGCUGGAGUUUGCCAUCUCAUUGGUCUCCAUGGAGACGGCCCUACGGACUUGGGAGGGACCCUGAGGACUACGUCUAUGACCUGUAUGCUGUGUGCAAUCAUCAUGGCACCAUGCAAGGGGGGCACUACACAGCCUACUGUAAGAACUCUGUGGAUGGUCUGUGGUACUGCUUCGAUGACAGCGAGGUGCAGCAGCUGUCGGAAGACGAGAUCUGCACACAGACAGCCUACAUCCUGUUCUACCAGCGGCGGACCGCUAUCCCGUCGUGGUCGGCCAACAGCUCGGUGGCAGGCUCCACAAGUUCUUCCUUGUGUGAACACUGGGUCAGCCGGCUCCCAGGGAGCAAGCAAGCCAGCGUAACCUCUGCAGCUUCCUCCAGACGCACCUCCCUGGCCUCGCUGUCUGAGUCCGUGGAGAUGACCGGGGAAAGGAGCGAAGAUGAUGGAGGUUUCUCAACUCGACCAUUUGUGAGGAGUGUCCAGCGUCAGAGCUUGUCAUCCAGAUCUUCUGUCACCAGCCCUUUGGCCGUUAAUGAAAAUUGUAUUAGACCUUCUUGGUCCCUGUCUGCUAAGCUGCAGAUGCGCUCCAAUUCUCCUUCCCGGUUCUCAGGGGACUCACCAAUUCACACCUCUGCCUCCACCUUGGAGAAGAUCGGGGAGGCAGUUGAUGACAAGGUGUCCAUCUCUUGUUUUGGUAGCUUGAGGAACCUUUCCAGCAGUUACCAGGAACCAAGUGAUAGUCACAGUCGACGUGAGCACAGGGCUGUGGGUCGGGCCCCUCUGGCUGUCAUGGAAGGUGCAUUCAGAGAUGAAUCAGAGACCCGCACAUUGAGCUCCACUGUUGUAGAUAAACAGAGCAAAAACUCAGCACAAGGGGAUCACUUGCCGCCUAUCUCUGAUCCAUUUGAUAACAAUAACCAGAUUGCUUAUGUGGACCAGAGUGAUUCUGUCGACAGCUCUCCAGUCAAAGAAGUGAAACUCUCAAACCACCCCAGCUCCCUCUUGAAGAAACCAGAGAGCACAACCAAGAGAUCUCCUGGCUCCAAAGGCACUUUUGACCCAGAUAGAAGCAUGCGGAAAGGGAGGCCGGUCUUGGCAAGCCAGGAAUCAUCUCUUUCAAGUACAUCCCCUUCUUCUCCCGUUCCUGUAAAAGUUUCUGUAAAGCCGUCCCGCUCUCGAAACAAAGCAGAUUCUUCUUCCAGAGCCAGUGGACGGCAUUCCUCCCCUACCCCUGCCCAACCCAAGAAGGAGUCCUCCCCCAAAUCCCAGGACUCCCUGUUGUCUCCUUUGCCCCAGAAGCAGAAGUCAGCUUCUUCCCUUGCUUACACUGCUUCCUCCAUGUCUGCCAGGAAAGCCUCAGGCCCUGCCACGAGGGGCCCCUUCCCUCCUGGGAAGAGCAGGACUUCAGACAGGAGCUUAAGUAGAGAGGGCUCCAGACAAAGCCUGGCUUCUGACAGAGCCAGUGUCACCUCGAGCUCCAAACCCAACUCCCCUCGGGUGAGCCAGGCCCGGGCGGCGGAGGGCCGAGGGGAUGGAAAACAUGUCAGGAGCUCCUCCAUGGCCAGCCUGCGGUCCCCCAACACUAGCAUAAAGGCUGGUCUGAAGAGGGACAGCAAGUCGGAGGACAAGGGGCUGUCCUUCUUCAAGUCAGCGUUGAGACAGAAGGAAACUCGGAGGUCAACUGAUCUUGGCAAGACAGCCUUGCUCUCCAAGAAGGCCGGCGGGAGCUCUGUCAAGUCGGCCUGUAAGAGUGCUGUGGAUGACAAGGCAGAGAAAGGAUACCAGCCUCCUGGUGCCCAGCAGUCAAAUGCAAAUGCAGCUGGGAAGGAGCAGCUUGUCUCCAAGGACCCUUCUUCUGCUAAACAUUCUCUACUGUCUGCUCGCAAAUCCAAGUCUUCCCAGCUAGACUCUGGAGCUCCCUUGUCUCCUGGUGUCAGGCAGUCUGCUGAGAAAUCCUCAAAAAAGUUAUCUUCUAGCAUGCAAACCUCUGCACGGCCUUCUCAAAAACCUCAGUGAUAUUUCUGCAGUCCAAGUGUUUUAUCUGUAAAGGUGUUAACUUAUUUAGAAUCCCUUCUCUCCCACCAAUGCCCUCUAUGCUUUUGUUUUGUAUCUUUUGGGUACUGUGCCUGAUAUGUGUGUGUGUGUGCGUGUGUGUGUGCGUGUGCAUACGUGUGUGUGUGUGUGUGUGUAUACAAUUCAACUGCAAAUUGUUAAAAGCGUCGCCUUACUCUGCCAUUGAACCAAAUAACAGCCAUAGGCAAAGCAUUGAUACCAAGCUAACUGGAAUAAUCGUAGACAAUACCCUGGAUUGUCUCUUUAGCAGUUAUACAUAUUUCUUACUAGAGAACUCUAAUGACUUUUUCUUUGGACACUAGGGUUUUGAAACCUGUGAACCAGUUAAGCUCUCAUGAGUGUGUGCUGUAGAAGGAUAAAUUAUUUGACUUGGGUUUCAUCUGAGCAGGAUUUGUCCUCACAGCUGAUUGUCGUGUGGCAUCAGGAGCUCUAAAAACUGUGACACUAACAGUGAAACAAACUGAGAGAAAACUUGCUUUCUGCACUUUGGCCCCAUCCAUCAGUCUUUGUAAAGGGCAAUAUUUUAACACUAAUUUUUCUCAGGUAUAUACUCAGCUAGUCUAGAAUGGAUGCACAUCAGUAAAAGGAUUAAAGAGAAGGUGGCCUAGGGGUGGCUGUCAUUUUUCCUACUGCCACAGAAGUUUUUAGAGGUAGACAUGUAGUAUUUCACAACCUUCAUAUCUGCAAAGAUGUGUGUAUCUUAAGCUGUCUUGAGUCUUGCGAUAUAUCCUAAGAGGUGGCAAAUUGGAUAGCCAGAAAGCCAGUCACUGGUAGUUAUAUUUUUUUCCUUUUAAAUUUUCUAGCAAAGGCCAUUGUAUCUUGAAAUACAGUAGAGCAGUUAAUAUCUUUGAAAGAUUCCUGGGAAAAAAAUGGAUUCUAAAUUGGAUACAUAAAUCUGUACCAUUUUCCUUCUCUGGUGUUACUUUUUUCUGUUAGAAGUUGAGUGCUCCAUGCCGCCCCGUGUGUGCAUAUCCAUAUUUCCUCAUCUUGGAGAGGAAAGAAGCUGCCUAAUGCCAAAAGUCAGUGAUGUUAUGUUGAAGCAAUGUGUGACACAAAGUAUUACAUGUAUGCUCUGCUCCUGCCCGUCUGCUGUUCAGUAACUCAUUUAUUCUUCUUUGUGCAUAAAAAUGUAAUCUCUUAUCCAAGAACUCACAAGCAGGAUCAGAGCAUGUUCCGCCUGGCAUUGUCAGUGCAAAUUGUAUUUCUUGUUUUGAGGAACCUCUUAAAUUUUCACAGGUAAGCAAGAUAGAUAGUUUUGUAAGCUUUUUGGAGGUAUCCUAGCAAUUUUUAGCUUUUUUUCUCUAUUUUUCUUUUUUUAAAUUAAGCCAAGAGUGUCAGGGUCCUGAUUCUCUUUGCAUAGCAUUUGUCACUUUGCCAUGAAAUAUAGCAUGCUAGGUUUAUGUGUUUUUAAAUACUAACUUUUUUUUUCUUUUUUUAAACAUAGACUUUUCAAGUUCUUCCUGAACUCUUGGUGCACAGAUCCACUUACCACCCCCUUUUCAGUAUUGCUGUGUGUGAAGUGACUAGAACAUACCCAUACAUAGCUGUGAAUUCUGCACUGCCUUUUCAGUUUUCUUUUUAUUCCUGUCAAUACUUGGGAAAUGUUUCCGGUGGGUUAGUUAACUUUAUUUUGCUGCUGAUCUGAGCAAUAGCAGUAACUUGCAAGUUUGGAGCCCAUUUAUGUUGAGGAUAGCUGGAAUUUUAGGCUCUUGCAAUGUUUAAGACUUACGUGUUCAGCCUUGUGAAAGUUACUGUAGUGCUGUAUGAAAUUCAUUCAACAUGAGCCUGUUGCCCAUUGCACUCAGUCCUGUACUUGUGCCUUCACUAGGCUGUCCUUGUCCCACUGUACAGGUAUCUGUGGUUUCUCAAAGCACUGUGGCUUGCCCCUGCUGUAGUACACCUGCUGAUGACCAGCAGCCUUCGUGAUAUUACUAUUGCUUCCAAUGGCACAUUGGCAGCCUGAUGGGUGUUUAGCACCGCUAGGUUUCCUCUGUCACUUUUCUUUCCUGAAAAAGAUGCAACACAUAUGGGAUGGUCAAUAUCAGGAAUUGGAUUUUUGUCUGAUUUGAACCUCUCAUAUGUCUUUAAUAGGUAAAUCUCAUUUGAAAUGUUCUAUUUGAAGCUCUGAAAUAGUCUUAGAAUUGUAGUUUGCACAAACUGUUUUAAUCUUUUGGGGGGCUGUAAUCAGUUAAACAUUAAUAGAAACUAUUUUAAUUUUCACAGUGGUAAAUAUUUUUAUUAUUGAGUCCUCCAGAGACAGAUAUUCCAUUACAUUUGGUGUCCUUAAAAAAACCCCAGAACUCUACAAACUCCUUUAAUUUUUCAUGGGAUAUAGAAAUAAAAUUUCAUUAUAUAUGAAUUAUGUUUGUGGAGCUUAGUCCUUCAUACAGAUUUAAAUGGAAGAAAGAAUCAUGAAGUAUUAUGGCAUUUCUAGGUAUCUUUAAGCUAUUAUAUUUCCAUGCUUGGUAAACAGUGAAUAUUACAUCUCUAACUACUAGGUACAACUGUUAAGCCACUAGAAAAGGAUAUUUUGCUGAAAAGAUUGAAGGUGUUCAUUAAGGUAUGAAGUACCUUGUGGGGAAAUUAUUACUUGGUUCAACUCAGUUCAUUGGUAGGGUUUGGGACUGGUGUUUGUUUUGUAUUUUCUUUGUUUCCUGGUGAUGUUUGGCAUAAUGAGCAUAUAUGUGUUUUGGGGCUAAAAAUCAUCUGCUAAGGAUGGUAGGCCUGGGUUUCUGGUUGACAGCCAGGUGGGUCUGAUUAGAGCUGUCAUUCUCUGGGGCACAAAGUAAUCACCAACAGUGGUGUGCAUCUAUAAUGUUUGUUUACUUUUUAAAUACUUCUUAUUCUUAGUUCUUUUCCUGAAAACUGCCAGUGCACAGAGGCUAUAUCAUUCCUAAACACAGGCCUAUACCUUGCCUUUGUAAUCCCUUGUAUAAUGUGGAAGCACAAAGAAACUGUUAAGCUCAUGUCAUCUCAUGACCAUCUCCCACCCCUUUUUUAUUUUCUCAUCCUAAAAGCAGCCUAACUGAAAGUAGUAACUAUGCUGGACCAAUAGAAAUGGACAUGGGGAUAUUUUA